AUGGGCGCGGCGUCCUUCAGUGCUGCUACAAGCAGCUCAAGCGCAGACAACAGCGGAAUGUCCUCUCCAGAGAUCGACAUGAUCGAUGCUUCCGACGAGUUUGAAAGCCAUGUCGCCGCCGCGCCCACACCUCCCAUACCCACACCACCAUCCUCACAGCCGCCACAGCCCGUGACCACGGCCCCCACCGCCAAGGUCACCCCACCCCUCUUCUCAGGCUUAGGCUGCUUGCCAUCCAAACACUUACCAACCGAAAAGGCGACAAUGAUAGCCAAAUUUCCCUCUAAACCACGCUUAAAAACACACUCUCCAUCUCUACCCCCCAAAGACGCAUCUAAACCCGACGUCGAACUAGGCAUGGGCUCUUUCUCCGCAUGUAAAAUCACCUCCUCAUCUACCCUCGUCUCCGCGUUCGGGAACCCCCAUUUCAAAACCUUCUUCGCCUCCGAAAUGGUCUCUCUUCAAACCCAUCUGCAAUCCAACAAGGGAAUUCGCGGCUCCCCCCUCGUCUAUCUUAACCGCUCACUAAAGUGGGUCAUCGAUGCCGCGGAGGCAAAGUGGUUUAAUCCCGACAUCGACUUUGAAAGCGAUGAUGUGGCGGAUUGGAGGGGGAAGUUGAAUGUUUUUAUGGAGGUUUUGGGGGGUGUCGUCAGGGAGGGUGGGGAAGAUGGGAAAGGGGGUGGGGUGGCGAAGGAUACGAAGGAGAGGAUUGAGAAGGUGUUUGGGCUUUUUGCGGAUGAGGAGGGGGUGAAUGAGGGGUUUAGAGAGGAGGCGGCACCUUGA